UCAACCAGGUUCCACAACCUUUACUUCCAAAGCCAGCUUCACCAGAAGCUGGAGAAGACUUCAAAACAAGGCUGCAGCAUGGCCGGCCAGACGUUCUCACUUUUUCUUCUGGGAACUUUGCUUAUAGUUCAUGGUAGUUCAGAAGAUUGUACAGCAGACCAGUUUCGCUGUCAAAAUGGCCAGUGCGUUCCUGCAAUCUGGAAGUGUGAUGCUAUUGUUGACUGUAGUGAUGAUUCUGAUGAAUCGGAGUGCCCUGCACCUACCUGUGCACUGGGACAGUUCCAAUGUGAGGGAGAUGGGGAAUGUAUUUCUCAGAGUUGGGUCUGUGAUGAUGAAGAAGAUUGUGAUGAUGGAUCUGAUGAGCGUCAGCUAUGUUCUGCAAAAACAUGCACUAGCGAACAGUAUACUUGCACCAAUGGAGAAUGUAUCCCAAGUGAAUACAGGUGUGACCAUGUCGACGACUGCACAGACAAAAUUGAUGAAAGAGGCUGCCAUUACCCUAUUUGCACACAAAUGGAGUGCUCAAAUGGAGCCUGUUACAACUCUAGCCAACACUGUGAUGGAAAGUUGAACUGCAGGGAUGGAACAGAUGAAAGCAAUUGCACUCAGAGAUGUAACAGUGGUCAGUUUCAAUGUGCCAAUGCAGAAUGCAUCCCAGAGAUAUUUGUAUGUGACCACGAUGAUGACUGUGGAGAUAGAAGUGAUGAGCAAAAAUGUGUUUAUCCAGCCUGCUCAGGAAAUUAUUUUACCUGCCCCAGUGGCCAUUGCAUUCACCAGAAUUGGCUCUGUGAUGGAGAUGAUGACUGUGGAGAUAAUGCUGAUGAAAAAGGAUGUGAAAGGAGGCAACAGGAAGACUGCUUACCAGGUGAAUGGACUUGUCCAAACUCCCGGGACUGUAUCCCUGUAAACAAAUUGUGUGAUCAGAUCAACGAUUGUUCCUUUGGUGAAGAUGAAACAAACACCACAACAGGAAACAAUUGCAGUGAAAAAACUAUUGUUAGUGGAGGUUCUGCUAUUCCCCAUCCUUAUGGAAUAACUAAUUUUGAGGAUAAAUUGUAUUAUACUGAUUGGACCAAGAUGGCACUUAUGAGAGCCAAUAAGUCUACAGAAAACGACCCACAAAUUGUCUAUCAAUCUUCAUUGAGACCAUUUGGCGUGACAGUUUAUCAUGCAUUCAGACAGCCAUUUGUGAGAAAUCCAUGUGGCAGGAAUAAUGGUGCAUGUGAUCAUAUCUGCAUCCUUAGCCAUGCAACUGACAAUGAUGGCCUGGGUUUCCGAUGUCGGUGCAGAUUAGGUUUUGAUCUUCACCAUGAUGGGAAACAUUGCUACGCCGUGACCCAGUUCCUACUAUUUUCAUCCCCGUUGGCUGUUCGUGGAAUUCCUUUCAACAUCUCCACUCAGAAAGAUAUUAUCUUGCCUGUGACAGCAAGUCCCUCUUAUUUUGUGGGACUUGAUUUUGAUGCGGCAGAACAGUCAAUCUUUUUCUCUGAUACAAGGACAGAUCUGAUCUAUAAACAGAAAAUUGAUGGAACAGACCGGGAAAUCCUAGUUGCCAAUAGAGUGGAUGGAGUAGAAGAUCUGGCUUUUGAUUGGAUUUCAAGGAAUCUUUACUGGACUGAUGCACGUUACAGCAGUAUUUCUGUCCUGCGUCUAGCUGAUAAAUCCAGGAGAGCAAUUGUUGAGAACUUGAACAAUCCUAGAUCCAUUGUUGUGCAUCCAUUAAUGGGAUAUAUCUUCUGGACAGACUGGUACAGACCAGCAAAGAUCAUGAGAGCCUGGGGUGAUGGGUCAAAUGCUGUGGCAGUAGUUAAUACAACACUGGGCUGGCCAAAUGGUCUUGCUAUUGACUGGAGUUCUCUUCGACUGUAUUGGGUGGAUGCCUUUUUUGAUAAAAUUGAGCACAGUUCCUUCAGUGGUUCAGACAGACAGACACUCAAUCAAAUUAGCCAAAUGUCACACCCUUUUGGUCUUACAGUAUUUGGUGAUUAUGCAUACUUUACUGACUGGAGGCUGAAUGGAAUAGUCCGUGUUCGGAAAGUGGAUGGUGGUGGGAUGUCUAUUAUCAGGAGAGGCAUCAACAAUAUUAUGCAUGUAAAAUCAUUUGAUGCUUCUGUACAGACUGGAUCCAACUACUGUAACAAACCGACAAAUCCCAAUGGAGACUGUAGUCAUUUUUGCUUCCCAAUACCCAGCUAUCAGAGAGUCUGUGGUUGCCCCUAUGGAAUGAAACUUGACUCCAACAACAUUAACUGCAUUGAAGAUCCAUCAAGUGAACGACCCACACAACAGUGUGCCGCCUUUUCUUUCGCUUGUGCCAAUGGAAAAUGUGUGCCAAGUUACAAUCGCUGCGAUGGAGUUAAUGACUGUCAUGAUAAUAGUGAUGAAGCAAACUGUGGAACUUUAAAUGUCACAUGCUCGUCAUCUGCCUUUACAUGCCCCAAUCAUGAGUGCAUUCCAAAUUAUUGGAGAUGUGACGGACAAGAUGACUGCUCAGAUGGGAGUGAUGAAAAGGGAUGCCCAACCUAUGAUCCCAGAACUUGCGCUGCAAAUUAUUUUACCUGCAAUAAUUCCCGGUGUAUUCCUAAAAGAUGGUUAUGUGACACAGAUAAUGACUGUGGAGAUGGCUCCGAUGAGUUUAAGUGCGAUUUCACAAGUACCUGCCAACCUGAGCAAUUUUUGUGCCCAGAACAUCGGUGCAUUGACCCUGCUUAUAUAUGUGAUGGUGAUGAAGACUGUCUGGAUGGAUUGGAUGAACAAGGCUGUGUGUACAACUGCACUUCCAAUGAAUUUAAAUGUGCAAGUGGAGGACAGUGCAUCAGCAACUUCUACCACUGUGAUGGAGUUUUUGAUUGCAGUGAUCAUUCUGAUGAGGCAGGAUGCCCCACUCGACCGCCAGGUAUGUGCCACCAAAAUGAAUUUCAGUGUCAAGAUGACGGUGCCUGUAUUCCAUUAAAUUGGGAAUGUGAUGGUUAUGCAGAUUGUACCGAUGGAUCAGAUGAACAUCUUAGCUGUUCACCAAAGAAUUGCUCUGCCAGCUAUUUUCAGUGUGAUAAUGGAAAUUGUGUCUUCAGAGGCUGGCUGUGUGAUGGUGAUAAUGACUGUAGAGACAUGAGUGAUGAAAGAGACUGCCCAACACAGCCAUUUCAUUGUCCCAGUAACCAGUGGCAGUGUCCAGGUCUCAGUACCUGCCUGCCUUUGGAUAAGGUGUGCGACCGUACUCCAGACUGCCCAAAUGGUGCAGAUGAAUCUCCACUGUGCAAUACAGAGAGCUGCAAUGAAAAUAAUGCAGGUUGUACACAUGGAUGCAUUGAGGGGCCCUUUGGUGCACAAUGCACUUGCCCAAGUGGCUAUCAGCUUACAAAUGAUUCCAAGACCUGUGAAGAUAUUAAUGAAUGUAAUCCACCAGGCAUUUGUAGCCAAAUAUGUUACAAUGAAAUGGGAUCUUUCAGGUGCAUCUGUGAUGAUGGUUAUACUUUAGAAGUAGAUGACAGGACUUGCAAAGCUUCAGAUUCAACCAAUGUUCUAAUAAUGGUGGCAAGCCGUGAUCAGAUAGUUUCUGACAACAUUAGUGCUCAUCCACAUGUCAUUCAGAGUGUUGUCCGAGAUGGGAGAAAUAUUGUUGCAAUUGACUUUGAUUCAAUAACUGGUCGAAUUUAUUGGUCAGAUGUAAGUCAGGACAAAGUUUGGAGUGCUUUUGAAAAUGGAACAGAUCAAAAAAUUGUAUUUGACAGUGGAGUGACUGUCACAGAAAGCAUUGCUGUGGAUUGGGUAGGCCGUAAUCUCUACUGGGUAGACUACGUUCUUCAAACAAUUGAGGUUUCAAAGCUGGAUGGCAGCCACAGAAGCGUGUUACUCAGUGAUAAUAUAACAAAUCCCAGAGGAUUGGUGUUGGAUCCACGAAAUAAUACUCAUCUAAUGUUCUGGACAGACUGGGGAAAAAACCCACGAAUUGAAAAGGCCAGUAUGGAUGGCACCUUGCGAACUAUCUUAAUAAGUCACAAAAUCUUCUGGCCGAAUGGAUUAAGUAUUGAUUAUCCAACCAGACUACUUUAUUUUGCUGAUGCAUAUUUGGAUUAUAUUGAAUAUUGUGAUUACUUUGGGAACAACAGGAGACAGAUUUUAGCUAGUGACUUGGUCCUGCAACAUCCACAUGCCAUAACUAUUUUUGAGGAUUAUGUGUAUUGGACUGAACGACGAUCUAAUCAUGUUGUCAGAGUAAAUAAGUGGCAUGGAAAGAAUCAGACUGUGAUGAUCAGAAAUUUAAUUGAGCCACUCGGAAUAGUUGCUGUUCAUUCUGUCAGGCAGCCACCCGCUUGGAAUCCAUGUUUGUCCAAUCCUUGCAGCCACUUAUGUCUGCUCUCUGCAUCGGCUCCUAGAUUCUAUUCAUGUGUCUGCCCCUCAGGCUGGAACCUAAUGGCUGAUUUAAAACACUGCGCUAAAGUUGAACAACCUUUCCUAAUUGUUGUGCGAAACAGCAUCAUCUUUGGCAUUUCUCUGGAUCCUAAUGACAAAACUAGUGAUGCCAUAGUUCCUGUAGCUGGAGUUCAAAAUGGCUAUGAUGUUGACUUUGAUGAAGAAGAGGUGCUGUAUUGGGUAGAAUAUCCAGGAGAAAUUCACACUGUGAGGUCAGAUGGAACGAAUAGGAGCAUGUUUGCUCCAGCUUCCACCAUUGGCUCCCCUAUGGGCUUGGCUUAUGAUUGGAUCUCUAUGAACCUUUACUAUACCAACUUUGACCAACAGUCCAUUGAGGUAGUAAAAGUGCAUAAUGAUGUCAAGUACAGAAAAACAAUACUAACAAAUAAUGGACAAAGGACUGGUGUUGGGACACCCAAAGGAAUUGUGGUAGAUCCAGCAAGAGGGAAGUUGUACUGGACGGAUCAAGGUACCGACAGUGGAAUUCCAGCAAAAAUUGCUAGUGCUUAUAUGGAUGGCUCUAAUCCUCGAGUUCUCUUCACUAAUGACCUAGAUCAAAUAGAGUUCAUUAGUAUUGACAUCAAAGCACGCAGGCUGUACUGGGCUGUGUCUGGUACAGGAGUGAUUGAACGAGGAGAUCUAAAUGGUUUACACCGGAUGACCGUGGUUAACCACCUUUCUCAUCCUCGGGGUAUAGCCAUAUACGAGGGCUUCCUUUACUAUACAGAUUCUGAUUUUGAGAUCAUUGAGCGUGUGGACAAGAUUACUGGUGAAAACCCAGUUGUCAUGAGGAAUAACAUUGCAGGGCUGAAUUGCCUCAGAGUUCACUUCAGAGACAGGUCAGCUGGUUCCUCCAAUGGAUGCAGUAACAAUAUUGGAACGUGCGAACAACUGUGUCUACCCAGACCCAAUGGAGCCUAUACUUGUGCUUGUAAUACAGGCUACCAUAUGAACCCAGAUAACAAGACCUGCUCGUCCUUUGAUUCAUUUUUGAUUGUGUCCCAGCUAUCUGUUAUCAGAGGAUUCAACCUGGAUGCAAAUGACCAUUCUGAAGCCAUGGUACCAGUGGGUGGCAGUAUGCGCUUUGCCCUGCAUGUGGAUGUACAUAUAGCAUCGGGAUUUAUUUACUGGUGUGAAUUCAGUACAGCAGCUUCAAGGAAUGCUAUUCGGAGGAUUAAACCUGAUGGAUCUUCCUUCCAAAGUGUACUAGUUACAGGAAUUGGUCAGAAUGGUAUUCGAGGAAUUGCAAUAGAUUGGGUAGCAGGCAAUCUCUAUUUCACAAACGCUUUCCAAACUGAGACAUUUAUUGAAAUUCUCCGUUUGAAUACCACUUUUCGUCGAGUUCUCAUGAAAACAUCAGUGGAUCGGCCAAGACAUAUUGUAGUAAAUCCAACGAUCCGGUAUAUCUUCUGGGCUGAUUAUGGUCAGAAUCCUAAAAUUGAGCGGGCUUUUCUUGAUGGCUCUAACAGAACUGUCUUAGUGGAUGAUGGUAUUGUCACGCCACGAGGUCUAGCUGUUGACCACACAAAUAAUUACAUCUACUGGGUUGAUGACGCCCUCGACCUGAUUGCGAGGAUCUCACCUGAUGGUGCUGAACAUGAGAUAAUUCGUUAUGGCAGUCGGUAUCCAACCCCAUUUGGAAUCACUAUCUUUGAAAACAGUAUGAUUUGGGUGGAUAGAAACUUGAAGAAGAUUUUACGUGCAAGUAAAGAACCUGGAAACAUGGAACAACCUUCUGUUAUCCGGGACAAUUUGAAUUUGUUAAGGGAUGUGGUAAUGUUUGAUAAAAGGAUUCAACCAACAUCUACCCAGCAAGUUAACAAUAACCCUUGCUUGGAUUCUAAUGGAGAAUGUGCCCAAUUUUGUUUCGCAUUGCCUGAUUUGCAAGUGCCAAAAUGUGGGUGUGCCCAUGGUAGGUUGGCUGCUGAUGGGAAACAUUGUAUGAUCGUCACUAAUGAUUAUUUGAUAUAUGCAACAGAAGGUUCCAUUCAGAGUCUUCACUUCGAUACAGCUGACCAUACACGGCCCUUCGCAACAGUGAAUGUAUGGUGGACUGCAGUGGCACUUGACUAUGACAGCAGUGACAACAGAAUUUAUUUUACACAAAGUUUUGGCCGAGGGCGCAGCAUAAUCAGCUACAUCAGUCUUGACAAUGUUUCUGCUUCUCCUACACAGGUGAUAUCAGGCUUGGAUGCUCCUGAUGGAAUUGCCUAUGAUUGGAUUAACAAGAGGAUUUAUUAUAGUGAUUAUUUGAAUCAAACAAUCAGCUCCAUAAAAGUGGAUGGCACCGAUCAGUCAAUCAUUGCAAAUGUUCCGAGGCCAAGAGCUAUUGUACUGGAUCCUUGCAGAGGGUAUAUGUAUUGGACUGAUUGGGGAACUAGUCCUAAAAUAGAACGAGCAACACUUGGAGGAAGCUUUCGUAUACCCAUUAUAAAUACCAGUUUAGUGUGGCCAAAUGGACUGACAAUGGACUAUGAAGAUCAGAAACUCUACUGGGCUGAUGGCUCUCUACGGAAGAUUGAACGGUGUAGUCUUACAGGUACAAACCGUGAGGUGAUUGUUAGCACUGCAAUUUACCCAUUCGCAGUGACCCUGUAUGAUGACUAUCUCUACUGGACAGACUGGAGCACUAAAAGCAUCUACCGGGUCAAUAAACAUGAUGGGUCUGACCAGACUGUGAUGAUACAAAACCUCCCACAUCGUCCGAUGGAUAUUCAUGUCAUGUCUGAGAACAAGCAGCAACAUUGCAAUAAUCCAUGUGAUCAAUUUAAUGGUGGUUGCAGUCACAUUUGUACUCCAGGGCCUGAGGGUGCAGAAUGCCAAUGCCCUGCUCAUGGAAAUUGGCGCCUGGUUAAUAACAAUAAAGAUUGUGUUUCAUCUGAUGCUACUACAUGUGCCACUGGCUACUUUACUUGUUUGAAUGGACGUUGUAUCCCAGAAAGGUGGAAAUGUGACACUGACAAUGAUUGUGGAGAUCAAAGUGAUGAAACAGAGAGAGUAUGUGCUUUUCAUACCUGUUCACCAUCUGCUUUCACUUGUGGAAAUGGCCGGUGCACACUAUAUAGGUAUCGCUGUGACCAUUACAAUGACUGUGGAGACAACAGUGAUGAGGUUGGCUGCUUGUUCCCUACUUGCAAUCCCACUACAGAAUUCACCUGUCAUAAUGGAAGAUGUAUUAGCAAUAGCUAUGUCUGCAAUGGGGUGAAUGACUGCCAUGAUAAUGGAACUUCAGAUGAGAGGAACUGCCCUGAUCGGACCUGUCAGCCUAGCUAUACAAAAUGUCAAACAACCAACAUUUGUAUUCCUCGCACUUAUCUUUGUGAUGGAGAUAAUGAUUGUGGUGAUAUGAGUGACGAGAGCUCCACACACUGUGCCACUGGAACUUGUGCAGAGAAUGAGUUCCGCUGCUCUUCUGGUCGCUGUAUCCCAUCACACUGGUAUUGUGAUGGUGGAAUGGAUUGUGCUGAUGGGUCUGAUGAACCAUCUACUUGUCUUCGCACAGAGCGCACUUGUUCAGGCCAACAGUUCAAAUGUGAUGAUGGCAGAUGUAUCCCCUCAACCUGGAUCUGUGACGGUGACAAUGAUUGUGGGGACAUAAGUGAUGAAGAUCAAAGACAUAACUGUGCAAACCGCACAUGCACAGCUACAGAAUUUACAUGUGUCAACAGCCAUCCUCCACAGAGAAGGUGUAUCCCUAGGAUGUGGAUUUGUGAUGGAGAUUCUGACUGUUCUGAUGCUUUAGAUGAACAUCAGAAUUGCACUAGGCGAUCCUGCACUGCAACAGAGUUCACAUGUGACAAUGGCCUCUGUAUUAGGAGUUCAUACAGAUGUGACCGACGCAAUGAUUGUGGUGAUGGCAGUGAUGAACGAGGAUGUAGAUACCAACCUUGUGCCCAACACCAGUUUACAUGUGAGAAUGGUCGCUGUGUUUCACAGUUAUGGGUCUGUGAUGGUGAUAAUGAUUGUGGAGAUAGAUCCGAUGAGAGGGAACACCUGUGUGUCACCUCUGAGCCAACAUGCCCUCCACAACAUUUCAGAUGUGACAAUGGAGCCUGUAUUGAAAGUGGCAAGGUGUGCAAUGACGUCGAUGAUUGUUCUGAUAACAGUGAUGAGAAAACAUGUGGUGUUGAUGAAUGCAAUGAUUCUGCACUGAAUCAUUGCACACACGGGUGCACCAACACAUUGACUGGUUUCUUCUGCUCUUGUAACCCUGGCUACCAUCUCAUGGAUGAUCAACAGACUUGUGAAGACAUUGAUGAAUGCAAUGUAACACCGGAUGUUUGCAGUCAGAUUUGCGAAAACACAGAGGGUUCCUACAUCUGCAAAUGUGCCCCAGGACAUCUUCGAGAACCUGAUGGAAGAAGUUGUCGCCAAAACAGCAAUAUUGCUCCUUAUCUCCUCUUCAGUAAUCGCUACUACAUACGAAACCUGUCUGUAGAUGGGGAAAUUUAUACUCUUGUUCAACAAGGUCUCAUUAAUGUGGUGGCUUUGGACUUUGACAGAGUUGAGCAGAGAUUGUACUAUAUUGACUUGGGUCAAAAAAUUAUUGAACGGAUUUUCCUGAAUGGAACCAAAAAGGAAACUAUAAUUAACCACGAUUUACAAGGUGCGGAAGGCCUGGCUGUUGACUGGGUUGGAAGGAAGCUGUACUGGCUUGAUCAAUUUAAAAAUUGCCUCAAUGUUGCGGAACUUGAUGGAAGGUUCCGUAAAAUGCUGGCUGAUCACUGUGUGGAUACAGGCAAUAUUUACUGCUUUGAGAACCCUCGAGCUAUUGCUGUCUAUCCAAAAUAUGGAUAUAUUUUCUGGACUGACUGGGGUUAUCAAGCGUAUAUUGGACGCAUGGGUAUGGAUGGUAAAAACAAAUCUGCCAUUGUUACCAAAAAACUGGAGUGGCCCAAUGGAUUGACCAUUGACUACACAAAUGAUAAACUCUAUUGGACUGAUGCUCAUCUGAAUUAUAUUGAAUUUUCCAACCUGGAUGGGAACCAUCGGCACACGGUAUUUGAUGGAACCCUAAGCCACCCGUUUGCCAUUAGCCUAUUUGAAGAUACAAUAUAUUGGACUGACUGGAACACAAAAUCAGUGGAGAAAGCAAAUAAAUACACCGGGGAAGGCAGGGUGUUGUUGGUGAACACCACCCACCGGCCCUUUGACAUUCAUGUAUACCAUCCAUACCGACAGCCAAUUGCAAACAAUCCAUGUGAUAAAGAUAAUGGUGGCUGCUCCCAUCUAUGUCUGAUAGCAGAAGGUGGUCAAGGUCACACAUGUGAAUGUCCAGAUAACUUCAUUAAGCAGUCUGGCAGUAUCACUCAAUGUAUCCCCAUGUGCACAAGUACACAGUAUAGAUGUCUUGACAACGAAAGGUGUAUCCCAAUCUGGUGGAAAUGUGAUGGACAGAGAGAUUGCCGGGAUGGAUCAGAUGAACCUGCAACCUGCCCAACCCAUUAUUGUAGAAUUGGACAGUUUCAGUGCAAUGAUGGAAACUGCACUACCCCCAGCUUCCUGUGUAAUGGUUAUCAGAAUUGUGCAGAUGGAUCAGAUGAAGACAUCAUACUUUGUAUCAAUCACCAGUGUGAGAACUACCAGUGGCAGUGUGCCAAUAAACGCUGUAUUCCUGAAGCCUGGCAAUGUGAUGGGGACAAUGACUGCAUAGAUAAUUCCGAUGAGGAUCAUGCUCACUGUGCUUCCCGAACUUGUCAUCCAGGCCAGUUUAAAUGUAACAAUGGCCACUGCAUUCCACAAUCCUGGAAAUGUGAUGUAGAUAAUGACUGUGGAGAUUACUCUGAUGAGCCCUUUGACGAAUGCCAUGGGGUUAACUACUCCUGCGAUAACCACACUGAGUUUGCCUGUCAAACAAAUUAUCGCUGUAUUCCAAAGUGGGCUGUAUGCAAUGGCAAAGAUGACUGCCGGGACAACAGUGAUGAGCAAAAUUGUGAGGAUGUUACUUGCAAUCUGGUGGGCGAUUUCCGAUGUGACAGUCAUUUGUGUAUUCCACUUCGCUGGAAGUGUGAUGGAGAAAAUGAUUGUGGCGAUGAUUCUGAUGAGCGUGAUUGCAACCCUCGUGAAUGUACAGAAAGUGAAUUCCGCUGUGACAAUCUCCGGUGUGUUCCUGGUCGUUGGGUGUGUGAUCAUGAAAAUGACUGUGAAGAUAACUCGGAUGAACGAGACUGUGAACUGCUAACAUGCCUGCCCGGUUACUUUGAGUGUUCUAGUGGUCACUGCAUCAUUGAAAGGUUCAGGUGUGACGGGAAUGCUGACUGUGCAGAUUAUUCUGAUGAAAGUACCUGUCCAACUCGUUAUCCCAAUGGAACCUACUGCCCACCGUUCCUGUUUGAGUGCAGGAAUCAUGUCUGUGUGCAACAAUACUGGAAGUGCGAUGGAGACAACGAUUGUGGAGAUGGAUCUGAUGAAGAGCUCCACCAUUGCUUGGACAUUCCAUGUGAUUCCCCUUUCCGUUUUCGCUGUGACAAUAAUCGCUGUGUGUACGUACAUGAAUUAUGCAACGAUGUAAAUGAUUGUGGAGAUGGAAGUGAUGAAAAAGAAGAAAACUGUAAACCAUCUACACCUCAUCCUUGCACACCUGAGGAAUACAAAUGUGGGAAUGGAAACUGCAUUCCUGUCCGACAUGUUUGUGAUAAUUAUGCUCACUGUGCUGAUCAAUCUGAUGAGUUGGGGUGCAAUCAUGAUACCAAACGAUCUUGUUCUGAAAACCUCUGUGAGCACAAUUGUACAGAUCUGAACAAUGGCGGUUUCAUCUGCCAUUGUAGGCCUGGGUAUCAAGUAAAGGAGGAUGAUGCAAACGCUUGUGAUGAUAUCAAUGAGUGCGAGAUCUUUGGCACCUGUCCUCACAUUUGCAAAAAUAGCAAAGGAAGCUAUGAGUGUUUCUGUGCUGAGGGAUUUCGAUCUAUUGUGGAGGAGCAUGGCAUUCAGUGUUUGGCAACUGGGAAUCCUCCUAUCUUGCUUUUGCCAGAUAGUGUACGCAUUCGGCGAUACGGCAUGUUAUCCGAAAAAUAUACGGAUUAUGUUCAGAAUGAAGAGGACAUCAAAGCUCUUGAUUAUAUCUGGGAUACAGAAGAUCCAGAUCUCAGUGUUGUGUACUGGACUGUUCUGGGACGUGACUCAGAGUUUGGUGCUAUAAAGCGAGCCUUUCUGCAUAUUUAUUGGACUGAUGCCAGCACAAACAGAAUUGAAGUGGCAAAACUAGAUGGAAGGUACAGGAAAUGGUUGAUUUCCUCUCAACUUGACCAGCCAGCUGCUAUUUCUGUAAAUCCUAAACUUGGGCUGUUCUACUGGACAGACUGGGGCAGAAAUCCCAAGAUAGAGUAUGCCUGGAUGGAUGGACAGCACCGUCAUGUGCUAGUUAACAGUGGCUUGGGUUGGCCAACUGGCCUUACUAUAGAUUAUCUCAAUGGUGACAGAGUUUACUGGAGUGACUCCAAGGAGAAUCUCAUACAGUCUAUGAAGUUUGAUGGUAGUGACAGAAAGCUGGUUAUAAAUGGAGACCUAGGCAAUCCUUACAGCCUUGAUGUUUUUGAAAAUCACUUGUACUGGACAUCGAAGGAGAAUGGUGAAGUCUGGAAACAAGACAAAUUUGGAAACAGUCAUAAGAUAAAAGUGAUGACUGUAAACCCAUGGCUAACACAAGUUCGAAUAUAUCAGGAACAUCGUUACAAUCACUCAGUGCCUAAUCCUUGCAAAGAUGUCUGCAGUCAUCUGUGUUUGCUAAGACCAGGAGGGUACACCUGUGCUUGUCCUCAAGGCAGUCAAUUUCGAGAUGGCAGCCUUAUAGAGUGUGAUGCAGCCAUUGAGCUGGAGCAACCAAUGCCACCUGCCUGCAAAUGUAGGAAUGAAGGAAUUUGUUAUUUUGAAGCAAAUACUACAAAGUGCACAUGUCCUUAUGGAUAUACAGGAAGGUACUGUCAGUUUGGAAGAUCCCAAGCACCACCCCAUUCAACAGCAACUGCAGUCUUGCUGACCGUUAUUAUCGUCCUAAUUCUGGGAGUACUAGCUGGUGGUGCAUUUCUGAAUUACAGACGGACAGGCUCAAUCCUGCCAUCUUUUCCUAAGUUUACAAGUUUAAGUCGUCUUAUGAAGCCUAAAGAUAAUGGAGUGACAUUUAGAUCUGGACUGGAUACUGGAAUAGACAGUGGAGCCUCUGCCAUAGACAUAGAUUCUGCUAUUGAUGGAGCAAUGCAGCUGAAUGAAAACUUUGUAAUGGAGGCAGGAAAGCAACCAGUCACAUUCGAAAAUCCCAUGUUUGGAAUGAAGGGAAAUGUUUCCAGUGAUGCUCCUGAAGUCCAGCAAUCAGCGGAUACGAUGGCAGUUGGUGGUGAAACAAACGGAAGCAAUUUUGAGAAUCCCAUCUAUACAUCUAUGCCUCCUUCUGUGGAAAAGCCUGUUUCAGCUGGAUCACAAGCUCGGGAAUCGAAGUGGAGCUUUUUUAAACGAAAACCUCAACAAGGGACAAAUUUUGAAAACCCAGUAUAUGCAGAGUGCCAGAAACAGCAACAAACAAAUAACCCAACUGGAGAAACCACUGCUGUUUCUCAUACUUCUGGAUUACCUCCAAGUAAGUCACGUUCGAAAAAAGACGAACCUUUGACAUAUAGUCCGACAGAGAAUACUUUCAAAGAUACAGCUACUCUUGUCAAAGAAGAUUCAAAUGCAUAAUUCAAAGCUGAACUGAAGGAGAGAUAGACUUUCCUCCGAUACAUUCUAUUUUAUACACACCCAGCAUAUUUGGACAUGUCAUAAAUAUUUGGUAAAAGAUACCUUUUAAAGAUAAUUAGAAUGAGCCAAUAGCUGUUAAAAGAGGUGGUCUGUCUGUUCCUUUAUCUUCAGUAAUAUUUUGUGCCAGCUUUUUUUUUUGUUGUUCUUAUCUGUAAAGACUUUUAAUCCAGGGGUACUUUUUGUACUUCUUUGCACUGGACUUGUGUAAAAGUUUGAAAUAUGUAAUGUUAUAAAUAUGUUGUACAUUUGUAAAUUUUGAAGAGAUUAUGUCAAUUAUCUUGCCAAGGGUAUGACUGAUUUAUACUGAAGGUUGCAAUCAGUGGAAACCUAAAGAUUGAAGUAAGACUACUGAUUUUAAUAUAAACAAAAGUAAUUCUAAAUGUGAAAACUACUGAUCUUGCCACGUAAUAAGAAUUCUUCACAAACACAUUUUGAUGAAACUAAAUGAUCGAAAACAUAUAUAAAACACGUACACUGGAGCUUUAGCAUUUCAGUUAUUUGUACACAGUGAAAUUCGUAAUAAAUGGUCAUUCAAACUAUGAUAAACUAAUUGUUAAUCACAGAAAACUGACACACACACACACACACACACACACACACACACACACACACACAGUGUAGAUAUGCUCCAAUCCUGGUAAGCAAAGAAGAUCUUCACAAAAAAGUUCAUUUGAUUAUUCAAAAUUAAAUAUUCAUAAAAAUAUUGUUUUAUAAUUGUUUCUUCUGAAAUCUAAGUAGUUUAAUUUUGUUCGUUUUUAAUUAGUUGUGAUUCAGCAGGCCGUUGCUGAAGUCAUGGGUGUAGGACCAAACAGCAUAAGGGAAAGCACUGUCGAACACCAAGGUGUCAUGUGCAAAAAAUGGUAGCUACAGAACUUAUGAUAAAAACCUAAAUAAUGAAUAAUCUGAGGACAGACUCAUCGAUUGGGUUAAAAUAAUUGUAGCAGAUGCUUCCUAACAUUUUAUGCAGAGGAAAUAUAGGAUCAGUCAGAAAAUUUGAAUCAAUAAUAUUUUUCUUUUAAUUUGACUUCCAGCUUUACAGUUCAUUUACCUUGGUGCAACAGGGAUAGUCAUAUUCACUGGUUUGAAUUGAAUUCUAGUUCUUGUAAAGCAAAAGUUUUGAAAUUGGAGAGGAAGAACAGAGUUUGUUUCUAACUCUAAAACUCUUUGCAAAAAAGAACUGUGGAUUGAGGGAAACAUCUACUUAAAAAAAAUGCUUUUCUGACCACUGAAGCUUUCAAAGGAACCAGAUGAAAUCAGUUUAUUCUGGUCCAGUUACGAAUGUGAGCAAAAUAUCUAUUGAUUAUAAAAUGCUUUGAGAUUUUCAGAAAUUCCUUUAAUUACAAUCAAAUACAUUGUGAAAAGUAAAUACAAUUUAAAACUGGAAAAUAGAACCAAUGGGAAAUACAGCAUUGGAUACAGGUGACUGUUUAUACAGAUUACACUUUUAAGUAUAUACCUCAUGACCAAUAUUAAAAUGAUUAGGCCCGGAUAUGUUCUCUUAUCCGUCAGGAUUCAAGGAAUGAUUGGGAUGACGGUUCAUCUUGGCUUACUUCACACUGAAGUACAAUUCCAACAGGUAUUAUCCAGUAAAUGGCCUAGACUAGCUGCCUAAAUUUUAGUUAAAGGCCUGCACAUCUACUCCAUAUUGAUUGUACUUAAUGUGAUUAUAGUUUUAUAUAUUUUACAUCAUAAGAAUGAAUAUUUUAGAAUCCUUUGUAUGCUAAUUUUGAUGGAUGUAUUUUAAUUAGCAUGAAAUUUACGUUGUACUUCGAUCAAGAAAAGAAUUGUUACUGGAAUAAAUAUGCUCAAAAUGUCCAAUAAAUUUUGUUAUUUUAUCAUA